AUGCACUUGAAUGAAAAUGUCAAACGUGGGCAAGAUUCUUCAAAGGGGCAGUCUUUAUUCAAAGUUCCAACCCAAAGUACAACAAAAGGAAAGCAAACAGCAAAGCCAACACUUGAGGCUGACCAGGACAGAAAGCCAACGCACUGGCCUUCAGGAUCUGUGAACUCUUCGCGUAUCCUGAGCACAUCACAUGCAGGAAUGACCUGGCUCCCAGUCGUCCCGAGCACCAGCUAA